AUAAGCAUGCCUGCGACACGGUUUUGUAUUUGUAUAUCCACAUUUCGAGUGAUAAAACUACAUGUCGCCUAUCGAUCUUCUCCUCCCUCUCUGCCACUUUUUGGCGGGAAUAUAGAAAUCAGGUAGGUCAUCUAUCAAACAAAUACAUAGGACAGAGGAGAGCCCCCGCAAAUAUGAACCCAUCAAGACCCAUCACCCCUUUCAGGCUAGCCUCUCUUCUUCGUCUCCAAAAAGACCCUAAACUCGCUCUCCAACUCUUUAAAAAUCCAAACCCAAAAACCCCUGCGAAACCCUUUCGCUACUCUCUUCUCUCUUAUGACCUCAUCAUUACCAAGCUUGGCCGUGCUAAAAUGUUCAAUGAAAUGCAAGAAAUCCUUGCCCAACUCAAAGAAGAAACCCUUUUCACCCCUAAAGAGGCUUUCUUUUGCGACAUAAUCAAUUUCUAUGGCCGUGCUCGCCUCCAUGAAAGUGCACUCAAACUGUUCGAUGAAUUGCCUUCGUUUCGUGUCCAAAGGACUGUAAAAUCGUAUAAUUCCUUGCUCAGUGUAUUCUUGAUGUGCAAGGAUUUUGAUAAAAUGAGGGAACUUUUUGAGGGUAUCGAGAAAUUGGGGAAAGCAGAUGCUUGUACGUAUAAUUUAUUGAUUCGUGGGUUUUGUGCGAGUGGGAGAUUAGAUGAUGCGUCCAAGGUGUUUGAUGAAAUGACUAAUAGAGGUGUUAGUCCUAAUGUGAUUACAUUUGGUAAUUUGAUUUAUGGGUUUUGUUUGCAUUUGAGGUUGAAGGAGGCUUUUAAGCUGAAGACGGAUAUGGUUAAGGUCUAUAAGGUGUAUCCUAAUGCUUAUAUUUAUGCGUCAUUGAUUAAGGGGGUUUGUAAGAAUGGCGAGUUAAGUUUAGCUUUUAGGCUUAAGGAGGAGAUGUUUAGAAAAAGAAUUGAGUUGGAUUCAGCAAUUUAUUCUACUUUGAUUAGCGGGCUUUUUAAGGCUGGGAGAAAGGAAGAGGCUUUAGGUGUUUGGGAGGACAUGAAAGAACGUGGGUACAAACCCGAUACUGUAACUUACAAUGUGAUUAUUAAUUUGUUUUGUAAGGAUAAGGAUUUUGAAGCAGCUUAUAGAUUGUUGGAUGAGAUGGUGGAGAAAGGGUGUAAGCCUGAUGUUAUCAGCUACAAUGUGAUACUUCGAGAACUGUUUGAAGAAGGGAAAAGGGGUGAAGCAAAUGAUUUAUUUGAAGAUAUGCCAAGACGUGGCUGUGCUCCUGAUGUUGUUUCCUAUAGGAUUCUUUUUGACGGGUUUUGCAAUGGGAUGCAGUUCAAGGAAGCAGCAUUUAUUUUGGAUGAAAUGAUUUUCAAGGGUUUUGUUCCUUGUUCUGCCAGUAUAUGCAAGUUUGUUAAUAGGUUGUGUGAGGGAAACAAUGAAGAUUUGUUAAGGUCAGCUUUUAAUACUCUGGAAAAGGGAAAACUUGUCAAUGUAGAUUUAUGGAGGAUGGCUGUUGCCAUGGUAUUCAAGGAUGAUAAACUCUCUAGUUCAUUUAACCUCGUUGAUAGUUUGAUAGAUGUUAUGAACUGACACCAGGACAAUAAUAUUCUAUUCAGUUAUUUCUGAUGAGGCACGUAAUUGAUUUAAUUUCUUCUUAUGUGA